GGAAGCGUCUCCCCGGCAACCGCGGACGCGCCGAGGGCUCCGGGCCGGGCAUGGCGGCGCCCCCGCGCUGCGAGCUGUGCGGAGCCCGAGCGGCCCCGCGGCGCUGCCCCCGCUGCCGCCUCGCCUCCUACUGUGAUGUCUCCCACCAGAAAACCGACUGGGACAGCAUCCACAGCCAUAUCUGCCACCUGCUGAUCCCAGUCCUCGGGCCCCAGCCCUGUUUCCAUUCCGAAAAGGACAGAAAACAUGGCAAGGAGCAGCUGCUGAGGAAGCAGGAAUCCCUCGUUGCCGUGGCGCUGAGCACAGCCCAGGGGUUUGUGUGGGCAGGGAAGCCCCUGGAAGCGAUUCCUGCGGCGCUGCAGGCGCUGCGCUUCGGCUCCCGCCUGUUCGGCCCUGCCUCCGUGCAGCUCGUGCCCAUUUAUCUGCUCCUGGCCGAGGCCUCCACGGGUGCUGGCCGUCCCCGACAGGCAGCCAAAUACCUCUCCCAAGCCCAGUGGAUUGUCCUCCAAACCCCAGAGUGCAGUGCUGCUCUCCAGUCUCAGUUACACCAUGGGCUGGGGCUUUUCUCUAUUGCUGAAGGAAACCUGGAGCAGGCUUUGUAUCACCUGGCCAAUGAUGUUUACCUGGCCACUGCUGAGUUUGGACUAAAUUCUGUGGAGGUCUCUGGAGGGUACUUCUACAUGGCCAAUAUUUUCUUCUACCAGAAUAAAAUGGAUGCAGCAAACUCACUCUAUACUGAGGUGAGCAGCCUGUGGCACGCCUGGCUGCUGGGCUCCCUGCACAGGCACCAGCGAGCGCUCCAGGCCCGGGCAGAGGCGUCGCCGUUCUCCGAGGAGGAGGAAGGCAUCGAGGACGGGAUGAGACCGUUUCUUUCUGCACGCAGCCGAAGCCCGGCGCGUGGAAGGGACGCGGAUGCUGUGCGCGGCGCUGCGGCUCCGGGAGCAGGGGCCCCUGCAGCACCCUGGGGAAACAGCCCGGCUGCUGCAUGCCCUGGCCAUGAUCCACUACCUGGGCCAGGAUUUAGCCAAGGUAGGUUGUGUGUGAAAGGGUUCAGGAGAACUGGCCAGCUGCUCUGGGGGUCGUCCUGUCUCCUGGUGCUCUUGUUCCCCAGCACCUCUCCUGAGCCCACAGCGCUGGUGACCCAGAGCAAAGUGCCUCAGAGUGCUCAAACCAAGGGCUUGGGUGGGAUACUGGGAGGAAAUCCUUCCCUGUGGGGGUGGGCAGGCCCUGGCACAGGGUACCCAGAGCAGCUGUGGCUGCCCCUGGAUCCCUGGCAGUGCCCAAGGCCAGGUUGGAUGGGGCUUGGAGCAGCCUGGUCUUGUAGAAGAUGUCCCUGCUGUGGGAGAUGAGAUCAGCUUUAAAGUCCCUUGCUAGCCAAACUAUGCCAUGAUUCUGUGACCUGCACUCUGUAAAGGCUGGCAAUCCUGGGGAUGUGUUUUUGUCUCUGCCGGGCCAGUGGAUCCUGCAGUUAUCCACAUUUUCUGUGUUCUUCAUUUAUCUGGACUAUCUUGGCAGUGUAGCUGCCUUUAGACCUGAGCUCAAGGGUUACACAGAGCAAGAUCUGGGGCUCACAGACCUGUCCUUGAGCCAGACUCCCCUGAGUUCAAGGUUCAGUCUACUGGGGUCUGUAAUUCCAGUUUGGAAUCUGCAUUCCUGCGUCUUUAUGGCUUAAAAAUUCAGGUGACUAGGAAUUUCUGUUCUUUACCAAGAAUUGAUUUUGAGGAAGUGCUGAGCAGAUACCAUCUGGAAAUCAGGCCCUUGUGUUUGGGAUCAGAGCUCAAAACCCUGAGUUUCUUCAGCCUGGGUUUUGAGGAGUGAAAAUACAGAUGUUGAAAAAUACUGUAAUGAAAUAUUAAUGGUCUCUUAAUUGUAUUAUAGAAAGCCACAACUUGGGAGUGUUUAGGAGACACAAACAAAUUCGAAUUUGUUUGAAAAAGCAAAAAGACAAAGCUUUAUAAUUGUGAGAGUGUCUAAUCCCUGGAAGAGCUACCAAGGGAAAUUAUUUUGUUCCUUAUCAAGAGAAAUGAAGGAUUUAGUUUGGAGUCAGUACAGCUGUUUUUUUUCCCUGACAUGGCUUUAGGAUUGUUCAGAGGAGCUGUGUUAGACAGGAGUGAUGUCCAGCACGGGGGGCUGGGGUCAGUAAUCUUCUGUCUGCACCACUGGAUCCUAAAUAUGGGAUCUGCUGGCAGCUUUAGGCUCUCCUGUAAAGCAGCUUGUACAGGUCACCUCGGAAAGAGAGACUGGAUCUGCUCCAGGCUGCUCCUGCACUGAGCCUCAGCAGGUGUUGAACUAUCCCAUGAGAAAAGCCAGAUUCCUGCCAGUUCCUGGGUGUUUCUUCUGUCCCAUUCCAGGCCCGGGAGUUGGGGAUGAAAGCCUUCGACCUGACCAAGCAGCUGCCCCAGCAAGACUCUCUAGAAACCAUUGGUCACCUGCUGGAGCUGAUUAAUGCCCAGCUUUCCCAGACCACAUAAAAACUGGCUCUGCCAGACCCGGUUUGUUUGGCCAGGUUCUCUCUUAUCCAGGUUUCUGGAUACCACGAGCGUCACAAGCCCUUGGUCCUUCCUGUUGCUGCCUCUUUCCAGCUGCGUCCAUGGCUGUCCCAAACUGUUUGGAAAAUAAACAUUUUGGUCUGAGUUAGUCUUCAUGUGCUGCUCCACUUCUGUAACCUCUCAGAGAGUAACAGCACCAGGGGGAGAAACAAAAGCACCACGAACACCCCGAAUAAAUCAUUCAUUGGCCAGGUUGGGAGUGAGCAAACAGCCUCUCACAGCCUCGUGGUGGCUGUGCAGGAGCCAAGACGAGCUCAGGUGUGUUUCUUACUGGCUUCCUGGCUUUGCCUGCCUGUUUGGUGAGGGAGAUCCCAUGGAGGGGAAGGAGAGGGACACAGGGAAGGGCCAGGGUGGUGGACACCUGCUCCUGGGAGCCUGGUUGGGCUUGACAAGGCAUUGCAGCUCCCUGCAGAGCCCCUCCAUCUCCAAACCAAUUUCCAGAAAAUCCCAGCCUGGAUUGGAAAACCAGCCUGGUUUAGAGCUCAUCCCACUUCACCCCCUGCCCCGUGGGCAGGGACACCUUCCACCAUGGCAGGUGCUCAGAAUUUUCUCUUUCUGCAGAGCUUCUCGUAGCUCUGGCCACUGAGAGACUCGUCGUUCCACUUCCAGGGAACAAUGUUCCAUGGGAAGAACUUCCAUCCAGGAGGGACCACGGGGGGCAUGAGGGACUCUAAGCAGUCUUGAGGGAAAGAAUGAAAAGGCUCCAAGUGGGGACUCUAACCUAAAGGAGAAGCAGUUCCCUCCUGGCAGAGAGAAGGAAAAGGCUCCAUGUGGGGAUUCUAACCCAAAGGAGAAGCAGUUCCCUCCUGGCAGAGAGAAGGAAAAGGCUCCAAGUGGGGAUUCUAACCUAAAGGAGAAGCAGUUCCCUCCUGGCAGAGGGCUGACAUCCCCUUGGAUCUGCCCCCAGCCUUGGGAGGAGGUGCCACCCCCAGGCCCAUUCCCAGCUGGCUUCUGCUCCAGGGGACAGAGUGACCCUGCUGAGGCGAGGGACAGGGACACCAGAGCAGGGCCAGGAGGCUCCAGAGGCCACGGGGAGUGUGGGAAGCACGGUGCAGCCGCCGUGUUCGUGAUCCCUCACGGCUGGGAAAGGGGAGAAGGGAAUCUUGGGCUGAGCCCUGAGCUCCGAUUAAGGCUCAUUUACUGCAGGAGGAUUUAUGAGGGUGUUUAAUUGCCUUGCCGAGUUGGGCUGGAGUCAAGUGAGCUUUGUAAACGCUUCAUCAAGCUGGGGCCUGAGCAAUUAGCAGGGAUUGCUGCUGCUGGAGAAGGGAAAACCGCAGGUUCAGCCACGUUCCAUUCCAGGGGGUGGGAUAAGGCUGCUCAGGGUGCACGGCACAGGCCUGGGGAAGGGCUAGGAGACCUCCCAACACUCCCGUGGGAGAGGCUGGUGGUCUCUCCACCUCAUCAGGAGCGGAAUAACCACCUCCGUGGGGUGGGAGAUGCUGGAAGGGCCUGGAACGAUCAUCUCCGAGGGGCUGGAAUGAUCACUGCCGUGGGGUGGGGGAUGCUGGGGAACUGCUCCUGCUGGCACAGUGCCCCAGGGCACAAGGAUUUGGGUCACCAGGGAUUUGGAGCUUGGUCAUGGCUGUAAUCCUUCCAGUGCUCCCAGGCUGAGCCUGCAGGGCCGUGUGGCUGCUCUGAAUGUUCAACAAAACAAACCCAGCCUGGAAAUGAAGGUUGUGCAGGACUGAGCAUCUCCUGGAGCCAGGAAUGAAACAGCAGAGCGAGGAGAGGAGCCCUGGGCACAGAAAGAACAUUCUGGGGAGCUCUUAAAGACACUGCAAGAGGGAUUCCUACAACAGCCGUGCCCUGCAGGGCAAAGAGCAGCUUCAAUAAAUAGAAAAAAGCCUGAAGUGACCAAGAUCAGCAUUUUUUUGCCUGAAAGUGUUCAGGCUUGCAGUUCUUGGCACCUUCGCAGCUGGAGGGGAAAAAACCAAAUCCACGGAGCAGCAGCAACCUCCUCCUCCCUCCCUGCCCUUGCUCAGGUGCUCAUGGCAUGACCCAGGCUCUGUCCUGGGCAAGGGGAGCAGGCUUGGGAUCCACGGGGCAGGACAGCUCCAGCCAGGUCCCCCCGUGAUCCCAGCCCAGGCUGCUCCAGGCAAUUAAAAUCUGGUCGUACACCCAGAGCAGGUAUUUUGCAACCAGGUGAGUCGCUCCCGUGGUGGAAAAGCUUUGCAGGGACACGCACUCCCAGACACCCCCCCCACCCCUGCCAGGGCAGGGAAAGUUUGGCUCCGAGAAAUAAAGGCACAGGACACCAGGACUGGGUGGCUGCUCACAUUCUCCUUUAUUGUUCACACCACACACCUUCCCCUUGGCACUUCACUGCAGGGAUUUGCUUAAAAAACCACACACACACCCCCCCAGCUUGGUGAGGCUGUGCCACAACCAGCUGGGAACAGGCAUUUUUCGAGAGAUUUAUUUUAUUCCCCCCCCCCUUUAUUUUCUUCCACGUGUGGUCAAGUGUUAUCACUUCCAAACCAAACAAAUACAUUUUAAAAAAGAUACUAUUUAAAAAAAAAACAACAAAAAAACAACACAAACAAAAAAAAACCAACCCUCCCUGUGGCUUGGGAAUGUGCCAGGAGCUCCCACACCAGCUGCACUCAGGGAAACGCUUUUUGUUGUGUGUCUUUUCAGUUUUGUUUGAAAAGGACAGUAUUUCUCAUGUGUAUUUUUUUUUAAUAUACUACAGCCUGAAAUUCAGUGCAAUAGAUACAACUACAGUGCAGAACUAUACAAAAGUCAUCCUAACCAUGUACAAGCUUUUUUUUUUCUUAGUUGCUAUAGAAACUAUAACCUUUUUCUGUACCUUUUGUAUGCAUUAUACAGUGUGAAUAUACUCCAAGAAUAUUUACAGUACUUGGCUUGUCAAAUCGGAAAUGCUAUAACUUAAAUGUCUACUAUUAACAACCAUUGAACAAAAAUAUAUAUAAUAUAAAUAUCUUCCAGUCUAUACACAGAGCAGGAAACGGCUGUAUCCAUGCGGAGCUGGAUUUUGGUGAGUCCUGGGAUGGGGGUGGUGAUGGAGGGGGAUGUUGUCGUGUGCGGCUGCCGCUGGCGCUUCACUGUCGGGCAAAUAUUGCCAAGAUUAAUCCCAAAAUUCAACAAGAACACAUCCCCCCUCUCCCAUUUUCCCCUCCCAGCUGGAAUUCAGGCGAAAGGAGAGGAGCCUGUGACAAUGGAUUGACCUUUCCAACCGAUCCAUCCGGACGGCUCCGUCCUCCGCGCUGCCCCGGGCGGGAGGUCCCCGUCCACGAACCCACCGCAGGGCUUGAAAUCAAGGAGACUUUAAAAAAAUGACUCGUUUUCUUGAUAGUUUUUUUUUAAAAAAAUAUUAGAUUUAGUCAAUUUACGUGAUUUUUUUUUUUUCCUCUAUGAUUAGAAUGUUAAAAAAUAAGUUUCCAGCUUUUUAAAAACUUCCUCUACGUGAUUUUUCCGUUAAAUAACUAUCGCGUCGUGAAUAAAAAACAGGGAAUUGCCCUCCCGCUGCUGGGGGCUGCGUGGCUGGGUUUUUAAAACACCUAUCGGCUUUGAAAUCUCGGACGCGAAACCAACUAAAAAAAAAAUUAAAUAAAAUAAAAUUCGUUCCUAGCAGAAAAAAAAAAAAAUAAAAUAAAAUA